ACAUAGAAGAGUCUUCUAGACCGAAUCACACAACCAUCUGGAUCGCACAACAAUAAUGAAUGCGAAGGCAUCGUAGCCAAGAAAGUUCAGUCUAGCAGUCGCUAUUUGGGUGGGUUGAAACAUAUAUUAUUGAAAGACGAUUUUACAGAAAUAGAUGGAGAUGGAUUGGCCUGGUAAAUCGGAAACCAUUCUUUGGAACAGAAGACAAUUGUUACUUUUGAGGUGAGGUUCAGUUUUAGAGUAAAAUACAGAUGAGAGUUCUCUACAAAUGCAAAAGUAUACGUUUUUAUUUUAUUUUAAAUGAGACCGUAUGGAACUGGUGUGGUGUAAACGUUUGAUUUAAACUGGAACUUUUGGAACAGAAGUGGCUGAUUUUGUAAUAACGCACUAGUGCAUUUUGGAGGAACGCAGGGAGUUUUCGCACUUUUGGAAAAACUCUGAAAAAACGCUCGGAAGAGGGAACUUUAUUUACUCUACUAUAAGGAUACAGUACUACUUUUAACCAUGGGGAAUAUUGAAAGUGUGGAUGGACAGUCGGACAAUAUGAAGCAUCAUAUGAUGCCAAUGAAAGUGCCCAUGCCUGACCAGUCGGAGUUGGAGGAGAGAUUUGCUUUAGUUUUGAAUUCCAUGAACCUUCCUCCCGACAAAGCCAGGCUCCUCAGACAGUAUGACAAUGACAAGAAAUGGGACCUCAUCUGCGACCAGGAACGGUUUCAAGUGAAGAAUCCUCCUCACACCUACAUCUCCAAGCUCCGGGGCUACUUAGACCCAGGAGUCACACGCAAGAAGUUCCGAAGGCGGGUCCAGGAAUCCACUAAAGUUCUGAGGGAACUGGAGAUCUCGCUGCGGACCAAUCACAUAGGGUGGGUCCGGGAGUUCCUCAACGAUGAAAACAGAGGUCUGGAUAUCCUGGUGGAGUACCUCUCCUUUGCACAGUGUGCCGUCAUGUUGAAUUUUGAGGGUCUGGAUAAUGGGGAUGAGGGCUCCCUGGACAAGGCUAAUUCCUGGAGUAGGUCUAUAGAGGAUCUACACCAGAGUGGCGCUCAGCCUUUCUGCAAUACGCUGGUCCGCUCGGCGCGCCAGUCUGUGCUCCGCUAUGGCACAGCACCUAACAGCAAAACCAUCAAGAACUCAAGACUCGUGAGCCAGAAGGACGACGUGCACGUUUGCAUCAUGUGCUUGCGAGCCAUAAUGAACUACCAGUAUGGCUUCAACCUGGUAAUGUCCCACGCACAUGCAGUCAACGAAAUUGCCCUAAGUCUGAACAAUAAGAACUCAAGGACAAAAGCCCUGGUGCUGGAGCUGCUGGCUGCGGUGUGUCUGGUUAGAGGAGGCCAUGAGAUCAUACUCUCUGCAUUCGACAACUUCAAAGAGGUGUGCAAGGAGAAGCAUCGCUUUGAGAAGCUGAUGGAGUAUUUCCACGUGGAGGAUGGGAACAUCGACUUCAUGGUGGCCUGCAUGCAGUUCAUCAACAUCAUGGUCCACUCAGUAGAAGACAUGAAUUUCAGGGUUCACCUGCAGUACGAGUUCACUAAGCUGGGCCUAGAUGACUACCUGGAGAAAUCCAAGUACACAGAGAGUGACAAGCUGUCGGUCCAGAUUCAGGCCUACCUGGACAAUGUGUUUGAUGUGGGCGGCCUGCUGGAGGACGCGGAGACCAAGAACGUGGCUCUGGAGAAGGUGGAGGAGCUGGAGGAACACUUGUCCCACGUGACGGAGAAGCUGCUGGAGGUGGAGAAUGAGACCAUCACGAAAGUGGCUGACCUGGAGAAGCAGCUCCUGCAGAAGGACAAGGAUCUCCACGUCAUACGGGAGACGUACGAGUCGACCAACACCCAGGUCCACACCCUGAGGAGGGUGAUCAAGGAGAAGGACGCUGCCUUCCAGAGGAGCUUCAACAUCGAGAAGCGCCUGCUGGAGAUGGAACAGCAGGGGACCAUCCGCCUCCGCAAGCAGCCGGACGGGGACAUCGCCAUCGAGCCCCUGGGAGGGGGCGGUGGUGGAGGAGGAGGGGGUAGAGGUCCGGGGGUGCCUCUGGGUGACUUUGGGCAGAAUGGAGUAUUCUCAGUGGGGCCUGGAGGAGUAACAGGGCCAGGAGGACCAGGAGGACCAGGGACUAGUCUACCAUCGGCCAGUGAAGCACCACCUCCCCCGCCUCCCCCUCCUCCGCCUCCUCCUCCUCUGCCCUCUGCUUUAGGAGCGAAUGCUCCACCCCCACCUCCUAUGGCCCCGCCUUUACCAGGAACUGCACCCAACUUCAUCCUCAAUAUGGGCCUAUCAGCUAUCAGGAUCAAGAAGCCCAUCAAGACCAAGUUCCGCCUGCCUAUUUUCAACUGGACCGCGCUGAAACCCAACCAGAUCAACGGCACGGUCUUCAGCGAGAUAGAUGAUGAACGAGUACUAGAGGAGCUGGAUGUGGAGAAGUUUGAGGAGCUUUUUAAGACCAAGGCCCAGGGUCCUUUGGUGGACCUGAGUGGCCCCAAGACCAAAGUGUCUCAGAAGGCUGCCAACAAGGUCAGCCUGCUGGACGCAAACCGCUCCAAGAACCUGGCCAUCACCCUGAGGAAGGCCAACAAGAGCACCGAGGAGAUCUGCAAAGCCAUACAGAGCUUUGAUCUGAAGGCCCUGCCGGUGGACUUCGUGGAGUGUCUGAUGCGGUUCCUUCCCACGGAGGCCGAGGGGAAGACAAUGCGUCAGUACGAGCGGGAGCGGCGACCGCUGGACGCGCUGACGGACGAGGACCGAUUCAUGCUCUUCUUCUCCAAGAUCGAACGUCUCACCCAGAGGAUGAAUAUCAUUACGUUCGUCGGGAACUUCUCGGACAACGUCAACAUGCUAACCCCGCAGCUCAACGCCAUCAUCGCAGCGUCCGCGUCCGUCAAGUCUUCACCCAAGUUAAAACGCAUGCUAGAGAUCAUCUUAGCCCUGGGAAACUACAUGAACAGCAGCAAGAGAGGCUCUGUGUAUGGCUUCAAGCUACAAAGUCUUGAUCUGCUGCUGGACACCAAGUCUACAGACAGGAAGAUGACUCUGCUCCACUACAUAGCUGUGGUUGUCAAGGAGAAGUAUCCAGAGCUGGCUAACUUCUUCAACGAACUACACUUUGUGGACAAAGCUGCUGCAGUGUCUCUGGAGAAUGUGCUGCUGGACGUGCGGGAGCUGGGUAAAGGGAUGGAUCUGAUCAGGAGAGAGUGUAGUCUCCACGACCACUCUGUUCUCAAGGGCUUCCUCCAGACUAGCGACACUCAGCUUGACAAACUGCAGAAGGAUGCCAAGACUGCGGAGGAAGCCUUCAACAAUGUGGUGAACUAUUUUGGGGAGAGCUCCAAGACGACUCCUCCGUCCGUGUUCUUCCCUGUGUUUGUGCGAUUCAUCAGAGCUUACAAGGAUGCAGUGGUGGACAAUGAGCAGAGGAAAAAGCAGGAGGAAGCCAUGAGAGAGAAAUUACUGGCUCAGGAGGCCAAGCAACACGACCCCAAGGUCCAGGUAGUGAAGAAGAGGCAGCAGCAACAGGAGCUGAUCUCGGAGCUGCGUAAACGCCAGGCUAAGGACCACCGGCCCGUCUACGAGGGGAAGGACGGCACCAUCGAGGAUAUCAUCACAGUGCUGAAGAGCGUCCCCUUCACAGCCCGUACUGCUAAACGAAGCUCACGGUUCUUCUGUGAAGCACAGCUCUGUGACGACUCCAACUGCUAGCCCCUACAGUUCCUCCCCCCUAAUGCCAAGGUUGUCCAGAACAGAUCUCCGCAGCCAGCCUUUCCUGCGGCAUGACGCGCUGAUCCGGAGCGGCUGGAAGAGACCCUAAACAAACCACUCGUUCCUCCUCAUUUAUCCCCCAUUCGCUUUAUAACCCCCCACCCCCCUUCCCUACCUGUGUCCCGGUGGUCUCACCCACCCGAGGCUGCAUCUCCCUGCAGAUCAGAGACUGAAAGGCGGACAGGACUGAACCAAUGGCCCAAGUUUUAAGGGGGUAUUUAUUUAUUUAUGGAGAUCUUAUAUGGACACGAUCUCUCAACAAGCAGGUAUAAGCACAGACAUCAGGUGGGUUAGUGUACCCCUCUCCCACUGCAAACACACACCGCGUGCAGGAAGGCACACACACAGAAAAUAGAGGACUACAGCGAUUGCCAGUGUUGGCAUUAAGAACAGGAGUUGAGCCCUUAAAGGGGGGGGGCUCGCCUCACAAAAGCAGGAAGGACACUGCAACUGCAUAAUGUGGACAUGGAACCACAAGUGCCUUCUGCCAAGUGCCUGCCAACGUGGAUCUCAUUUCCAUGAAUGUGGAUUUCCUCCACGCAAGUUGAGGAUGGGAGACAGUCGGUCGGUUGUAUAAAAUGACAGCAUAUGUUGACUCUACUGCUGGGAUUUCCAUUUCAAAGAGAACAGGGUUGUUUUCAUAAGGCCCGAAACGAAAGAAAACAGACUGAAACAGGGAGGGAGGAGCUGGACCUGACCAAUAAGAAAUGCUUAUUUUUCGUGGCAAAACGCUUUAGGUUGUGAGCCCUAAUGAAUAUGGCCCAGGGUUUUGCCAUCGCAGAACGUCUCUGUCCAUAGAUUGAAGAUUAUUGUUCCGAGUCUUUGGAGAGGUUUCUGUACAAGCUAGCCAAACCAAACUUCCUCUACUCGGUCUUAUUAUUUUGAGAACGAAUUAAGUGCCUUUUUUGUUUAGACAGUAUUAUUUCUGUAACUCAGCUAUAAUUUGUAUCUUUAGUUGUUAAAUAUUUGUUUUUUUUAUUGCAUUUGUUUGAUAACAUUACCUUCAAAAAAUAAAAAAAAAUAAUAAUCAUAUGCAAUGGUUUGGAAUCAGAAUUCCAGCUUUAAUCACUAUACAGUAUUUAAAGGUUGCUUCUCAGCACUGUUCUCUAAAUUCGUUUAGGCCAGUGUCUGAAAACAUUUGAGGGGUAAAAACAUUCCAUGUAUUUACUUUCUAUUACUUGUAACUUUAUGACCUACAGUCCAAUCACCACUUCAGUCUUACCACUUUAGGCCGGGAUUUAUUCCAAUCCGCUUUAUGGUGCAGUUGACAUUUAGGGCUCUAUUCAAAAAACUGGAUCGCUGGAGCGUUUACAUAGAAAUGUUAAAGGUCAUUUCCCGACUGAGCCGACAAUAUGCAGCGUUUUACAGUGAAUGCAGUCGGCGCUGACGCCGGAGCUUUGCCUUUAAACUUCAAUCACGCUGAACUUCCGAGACACGGGUUGAGUAGAGCCCUUUUAAAAAGUCUGUACGAUUUUUUUAUUUAACUAGGCAAGUCAGUUAAGAACAAAUUCUUAUUUUCAAUGACGGCCUAGGAACAGUGUGUUAACUUGCCUGUUCAGGGGUAGAACGACAGAUUUGUACCUUGUCAGCUCGGGGAUUUGAACUUGCAACCUUUCGGUUACUAGUCCAACCACUAGGCUACCCUGCCGCCCCGAUUAAUCCAAGAUAUCCGGCGUUUCUGUCAAUACGGCCAUGCAUUUGUUUGGUAGGUAAAGAAUGCAUUGCUAUGAUUCGAACCAUGUUCUUUAUGCAUCAAGUUCCUGAACUGUCAUGACGAACAAUUUCCCCCCUAAUAGCCAUCGAGUUAAGCACAAUGACUGUGCACUCAGAUUUACAAAUCGGUGUUUCAAUAUGGCAUUUCCACAAAAGGGACAGCGCAUAUUUACACUACUUACAUUGCCUUAAUGUUGUAGGAGACACUACUUCUAUAGCAGAUAUUUCUACAUAUAUGUACAUUUGAUGUAAAUCAACGAAUUUUACGCCUUUUACUUGUGCUUGUCUGUCUUAAGGAUGAAAUGAAAUAGUGCCUGACAUUUGAUGCGUGUUGUCCAAAAGACCCCCCUUAAUAAACAAAAUGACAAUGUGACUCACAAUUGAAAGUCUCUGCUGUCUCUCACUCAUUUUUCACACCAAAUGAAAGUCAGAUCCACAAUGCAUUUCUACUAUAAAAAUCCAUUUAAUUUCUGAUAUCAAAAAGAAAUAAAAUCAUAACUAACCGAAACAGAGCAACAACAAAUCCACGUGUGGGGUUUUGUUUUGCUGAAGUGUUUCUGUCAAAAUUAAAACAGAUUGUUCCUAAUUUACAUUAUUCAAAUAAAAAUGUAACAGAGCAGAAAUGUUAUUAAAAUCCAAAUGAUAGUGCAUACUGUUAAUAAAAGUGAUGGUUAAGCUAGAACAGUUUGCUAUAGGGUGUGUGUGUGUGUGUGUGUGUUGUGAAUCGCAUGCAGUGUCAUCUGUAAUACAGUAUGGCAGUUAUGGCUGAUCACCUCCAACUGGUUAGAAGCAGCAUGUUCAGCAGCGCGUGAUUGGCUGAGACUGAGCCUGGACCAAUGACAGACAGGCAGGCAGACAGUUCUAUCAGACAUACAAAACAGGCAGACAGACAGGGCUGGCUGGCUGACAGAUGGUUAGACGGACAAGCCGACAGACAGACGGCUAGCUAGCGUUAGCAGCAAGGCAGAGGGGGAAAAUCAACAGGGGACGCUAAUCAGGAAGCUAAUAGUCCGAAACCUCCCAAGGAAUGCACUUACAAUGAGCAGAAACCGAAAUUACAGAUGCAUAAUGUAAUUAUUACAUACAUUCAAAACAAACAAAAACACAGCAUUGUUGUUAUAAAUCCCCACUGAAGUACCAUAAAAACAACUGGCCUCUCCUGAAAGUAUGUUUACUAUCACCAACAAAAGACAAAAGCAUGGUCAGCUCGUUGUUACACUGUAGAUGUUUGUUUUCCCCCCCAGCAAUGGCAGGUAUUCACAGAGGCAUUCUUGGUGCCAAACUGCCUAUUUCCAGGAUGAACGUUACGGUUGAUACUGAAAUAAACAGUCACUGAGCUGAUCCAUGAACCCUCUGGGCCCCAAUAUGAAUCACCCGUCAUAUCAAGCCCCCCCAAAAAAAAAAACCAUGACCUCUCGUAACCUAAAGCCAUCCUCAGUUACUUCCCGGGAACUGUCAUCCUGGGAUGUUUGCUCCAAUACAAUCAUAUUCCUCCAACACAUUACACACUCCAUUAACCCAGUGACUUUUCAUUAAGCAAAAAAAAAAAUCUGCCAUUAAUUUAUU